AAUCCAAUCCUUUCCUGCUUUGUAAACACGAGUGUUUGUGCUCAGUGACCAAAGUUCAUCCAGACAAUUUUGAUAUUGCAAACAAAUCCCAAGUGGAAAAUAUAUCAAUUUGGUUUAUCACUGUUACUAAACACUUACUUUUUUUUUUAAAUAUCAGAGAAAGACAACGCAUUUUAGAAAAUUUAAGUGUAAAGUCUUGUCUCCAUAACCCCACGUCUAUGUUUGGUUGAGCUGACUUUCACAGUUGGUUUUCUGUUUUUAACCGUUUCCCCACUUGAUGAAGUCAUGCAGAAACUCAGUAUUACUGGUGUUAGACGGUAAACAAAGGGAUGGGGUCAGCGAUUUGGUUUCACAGUAAGAGCACAGUAGUGUGGUAGAGAAGAAAACUCUCCAUCAGAGGAAGUUCUAAUACACAAUGAACUUGUGGUUACAAAUCUGACUUGUACAAAGCAGUGGGUACAGUUAGAGAGGAUCCAGCGACGGUCGGGACAGAUCCGCUUGGCGUCAGAAAUGAAGGACAUGACUGGGAACAGGAAGAUUUUGAUAGGGACCCUCAUAUUCUGGCAACUCAAGUGUUUGGUAUCUCUAGAUCCAGCAUGGACACAACUGAGGUUCUUGGGCAAAAUUCACAAUGAUGCAAAGAGUCCAAAUGAAAGCAACCAUGAGGAUGAUGCUGCCUCCGUUCUCCAGCUGCCAUGGCAUUCACUGGCUGGCGGAUUGAGGCGGAUGAAGAGGGGCUGGGUUAUUCCACCAAUUAACUUUCCAGAAAACAAUGGGGGACCAUAUCCCAAAUUUCUGGUGACACUUAAGUCAAGUAAAGCUGAAACAGUAGCCAUAACAUACAAGAUCAGUGGCCCAGGUGCGGAUCAGCCCCCUGAAGGUAUUUUUACUGUCGAUGACCGGUCUGGUAUGAUUUAUGUGACCGAGCCACUGGACAGGGAGAAACAAGCCAAAUACACUCUGUGGGCUUAUGCCCAGACAGGCACAAUACAUGCAGAGCAGCCCAUGGAGCUCAUCAUCAACGUCAUUGACCAGAAUGACAACAAACCAGAAUUCAAUCAGACAGUUUUCACCGGCAGAGUGAGCGAAAGUGCCAAAGUUGGUAAACCCAUCUUGAGUGUAACAGCUGAAGAUAAGGACGAUCCAGAUACAUACAAUGCUAUAAUUAGGUAUCGACUGCUAUCUCAGAUACCUGGAAUGCCCAAAGAGGAGAUGUUUGCUAUAAACGCAGUGAAUGGACGGAUCAGUCUGAAGGAACAGGGACUGGAUAGAGAGACUCAUCCAGAAUAUACACUGAUUGUUACUGCUGCUGAUAUGAAAGGGGAAGGUCUGAUCACAACCUGCACUACUAUCAUUACCGUUACUGACAGCAACGAUAAUGCUCCAAAUUUCAUUGACACAUCUAUAUCCACAACAGUCCAUGAGAAUGAGAUAGGAGUGGAGGUAGCAAGACUGAAAGCCACUGACAUGGACGAGUCAGGAUCUCCAAAUUCAAACACCAAAUAUUCCAUCAUCAAAGGCAAUGAAGCGGGAGCCUUUAACAUCACCGUUGGUUCAAAUAAGAUGGAGGGAAUAAUCACAACUGCCAAGGAACUGGAUUUUGAGAACUUGUCUGAGUACAAACUGUUGGUGGCGGUAACAAACGAGGCGCCAUUUUCCGUCCCCGUGUCCACAUCUACAGCCACAGUCACAAUAAAAGUCAUUGACCGAAACGAGCCUCCUGUUUUCAGCCCAGCCGAGGUUCACAUAACCCUCUCAGAGGAUGUGAGAGUCGGCACGGCCGUGGUCCAGCUGAAAGCAAAGGACCCGGAUACAGCCAGAGCACAGCGCGUAACAUACAAACUCUACAACGACAGCGCCCGGUGGCUGAGCACCAACCACAGCACUGGAUCAGUUAAAGUUGUGAGCAGCAUGGACCGAGAGUCACAACGUGUCAGAGAAAACAAAUAUACAGUUUUAGUUUUGGCUUAUGAUGAUGAUCUUAUUCCAGCUACAGGAACUGGUACUCUGGUUGUGAGUUUGUUGGAUGUGAAUGACCACCUUCCAGAGGUCAGGCAGAAAACAGCCACUCUGUGUAACUCUGACCCUUUUCCUGCACUCCUGGACGUAGUGGAUCUGGAUGGACCGGGUCAUGCUGGGCCAUUUACUGUGGAGCUUAUAGAAGGACAUAAGAAGAACUGGAUUGUCAAAACCAAUUCCACAAGCAAUGUGGCGGCUCUCUACCCCAAACAAAACCUACCUCCUGGGAACUAUAAUGUUACCAUGAUGAUUUAUGAUGUUGGGGGGCUCUACAAAGACAGUACUCUGGUUGUAGAGGUGUGCCACUGUCAAGGUGGAGUAGAUGCCUGUUUGCCAAGGAGUAAAGGACAUGAAGACAUUCCUUCUUUUGCAACCCCUCUACUGGUAUCUGUCUUUGGCCUCCUGUUGCUGCUCCUGCUACUCCUGCUGCUCCUGCUGCUGCUGAGCAGAAGGAGGAGAAAGGAGGCCCCUCUCCUGGAAGAUCUGACCCGUGAUGACCUAUUCUGCUACAGUGAGGAGGGAGGAGGUGAAGACGACAGGGACUAUGAUUUGUCCCAGUUGCACAGAGGGCUGGACAACCGACCUGAAGUCUUCAGCACAGAUGUGUUUCCUACUGUCCAGGCUCGACCGGGGUACCGUCUGCAAAUUCAAGCCAACGAGGACGUUUGCAAUUUUAUUGAACAUAACCUACAAGCAGCAAACAGAGACCCCACAGCUCCUCCGUAUGACUCUCUGCUCGUGUUCGACUAUGAGGGUGGAAGCUCUGAGGUGGGUUCACUCAGCUCCAUUCAGUCUUCAGAUUCAGACGUGGAUCAGGAUUUUGAGAGUUUGAAUCAGUGGGGGCCAUGCUUUGGCAGACUGGCAGACCUGUACGCAAAGGGAAGAGAGGAGGAAGACGAUGACAACCAAACACUGCCAGGAAAAUCAGAAUUAUUCUAACAUUAUCAAAUAUAUUGGGAGGUCAUCUAAACUUACAGCUGUCUGUCUUAGAAAUGAUCAGUGGACAUUUUUUUUGCCACCAAGUGUUUUUUUAAUUUUACAGAGGCUUUACUCUCUUUCUGUUAGCUUUGUGUGUGCUACUGCUGAAUUCUUUGACAAUAAUAUUUAAACAGAAAUCCUAUUUGAUUGUUUUUGAUGCACUUCUGUUUUAAAGUUUUUUUAGGUUUUUUUUUUUUUUACUUGUUUAUUGCCAUUAAGUUAAAAUGUGAUUUCAAGCUAUUUUGGGAAAACAUUUAUACCCUGAACUUUUUUAAAUUUUACCACAGGACAGCUUCAAACUUUUAUGUAUUUAGUGAGGAUUUAUGUUAUAGUUUAGACCAGGGCUUUGCAUCCUCUUUCAACAUUCUACUGUGGCUCGAUUGUUGGCUAAAAAUGCUUAACAUAUAAGCAUUAUUUAAGUUGUAAAGGUGAUUAAAGUAUGGCAGCUUGAGCUUUUGCAAGGUAUUACUGUGAUUUCUUAGCCUACAAAAUCUUGUACUUUAUCAGUCCAUAUGUUAUAUGAACCAAAGGUUUUGCUAUGUGUGAGUCUUUGUACUUCAAAUUUUGA